CAGGCGCACUUAGUAUUUCCGGUGUCCCCCAUGUGUUGAUUUCGUCAGUGACGGACAAAGUUUUCAUCAGGAAGAUAUGGCACAAAGAAUAUUUGGCGCUCUUGGUAAACUUGGCAUCGGUAUUGCCGUGGUUGGAGGUGUUGUUCAAACAGCACUUUAUAACGUUGAUGGUGGGCAUCGAGCAGUCAUCUUUGACCGCUUCAGAGGGGUGCAGGAGGAAGUUGUUGGAGAAGGGACACACUUUCUUAUUCCAUGGGUUCAGAAACCUAUCAUUUUUGACUGCCGGUCAAGGCCUCGUAAUAUUCCAGUAAUCACUGGAAGCAAAGAUUUGCAGAAUGUGAACAUCACACUCAGGAUCCUCUUCCGCCCACAGGUGCCAGUGCUGCCUAAGAUCUAUACUAACUUGGGCAUUGACUAUGAUGAGAGAGUAUUGCCCUCAAUCACUAAUGAAGUUCUCAAGGCAGUUGUGGCUCAAUUUGAUGCGAGUGAACUCAUCACACAGAGAGAGAUGGUAUCCCAGAAAGUUAGCGAAGAGCUGACAGAUCGUGCUCUGCAGUUUGGGCUCGUCCUUGACGACAUUUCUCUUACACAUCUGUCAUUUGGCCGAGAGUUUACAGAGGCUGUUGAGAUGAAACAGGUAGCUCAACAAGAGGCAGAAAGAGCACGCUUUGUUGUGGAGAAGGCUGAACAGCAAAAGAAGGCUGCAGUUAUUUCAGCAGAGGGUGACUCGAUAGCAGCAGAUUUACUGGCCAAGGCAUUUGGAGAAGCAGGAGAGGGCUUGGUUGAACUGAGAAAGUUGGAAGCUGCAGAAGACAUUGCCUAUCAGCUGUCACGGUCUCGCAACGUUGUGUAUCUGCCACAAGGACAGCAGACGCUCCUUUCUAUUCCACAGUAAAACCUGUCCUGGCUUGAGAUAACAUUUCUUUAUAAACAUUUCUGUGCGAGGAAGAUUCCUAUACAAUGCACUAACAUCAUUUGGCAUUUUUCAAAUAUUCGACUCCUCUUGAAUCACGAGUUUUCAUCUGGCGUUAGAGUCUCACUCUAUGUUUGGGAAACUACAUUUUUCUGUUUCACAAUCAAAAUUUUGUAGCAUGUUUAUACUAAAAAUAAUGCUAAUCUUGAUUGCCAACAGAACCUGAGUCUAGGUGUAUCAGUUGAAUUCUUUAAUUUACAUAAAUCAUAAAGUGUGCAUGUGUUCACAGUUUAAGACAGCAGAUCUAAAAUGUUCAAUGUUAGAAAAUGCUAAGACAUGUUUUCAGUGGGAGAAUUUUUUUUUUAAGUGUGCAUACAAGUUGAGAGUGCUUUGGUUACGUGACAGUGUCAUCAUGAGAAUUUACAAGACUGCUUUAUGAACAUCAAUGAGUAUAAUUUAGAGUGUGCAAGUAAAAUGUGCUAAUAAAUGAACUAAACAUUCA